AUGGCUGGUGCACAAGAAAAAUGGUAUUUUACAAAAGAGCAACUACAGAACUCCCCAAGCAGAAAAUGCUGCUUAGAUGCAGAUAAAGAGCUAGCCUACCGGCAGCAAGCAGCAAACCUCAUCCAGGAUAUGGGCCAGAGGCUUCAAGUAUCUCAAUUAUGUAUAAACACAGCCAUUGUGUACAUGCACCGUUUCUACGCGUUCCACUCAUUCACACAGUUCCACAGGAAUGCGAUAGCUGCUGCGGCGCUGUUCCUCGCCGCGAAGGUGGAGGAACAGCCAAGGAAAUUAGAAUAUGUAAUAAAGGUAGCCCAUGUCUGCCUCCACAGAGGUGAAGGUGUUAACGCACUCACCUCGGAACAGUAUCAAGAACAGGCGCAGGACCUUGUAUUCAACGAGAAUGUCCUGCUACAGACAUUAGGUUUCGAUGUAGCGAUCGACCAUCCGCACACGCAUGUGGUGCGGACCUGCCACCUUGUAAAAGCACCCAAGGAUCUGGCGCAGACGUCGUACUUUAUGGCGUCAAACAGUUUGCACUUGACCACUAUGUGUCUACAGUACAGGCCGACGGUUGUUGCGUGCUUCUGUAUACAUUUGGCUUCGAAAUGGAGCAAUUGGGCGAUCCCACAGUCGCACGAGGGCCGGCACUGGUUCUCCUACGUCGACCGAAGCGUGACCACGGAACUGUUGGAGCGCCUCACCGCAGAGUUCCUGCACAUAUUCGACAAGUGCCCGUCCAGGUUGAAGAGGAAAAUGAUGACGAUGUCAAACAGCGGUGGUUCCCCGCACAACGCACACCCAUCCGGCUCGGCGGGCGUCGCGAAUUCGCCCUUCGACAAGAAACACUCGCUCGUCAAUAGCGACGAGAUCGACAAGUCAUUUGAUAAAGAGUACGAGCGGGAAAGACGUCGCCAACUCCCACCCGGUCCAGGCGGUUAUGUACCCGCGACUACUGCGCCACCCGCGCCUCAACCACAGAAGAUAGACUACAAUCUUUACAGAGAGAAGAGAGAGAGGGAGGAGAGAGAAAGGCGAGAGGAGAGAGAGAGACGGCAACAAGCCUUGCAACAGAGGCCUGGUGUGCCCCAACCCAAUGCCAGGCCAAAUCCACCCCCACCUCAUCAUAGGCCAACUUCUAGCCAACACCACAAACCACACCAUCCUUGGCCACAUAAACCUCCCCAUCACAAACCUCCGCACGACCAUCGACACCAUAGACAACUUCCUGGACCAUCGUCAAGCGUCCCUCAUCCCCAACCACCAACGGAAGUCCCCCAAAGGACUCGUCCACCAUCUUUAUUUUCCCCCGAAAAUGCUUCAACGCCUUCAGCAUCAGCUGCGGCUGCGUCCGCAUCGGCGUCGGCUCCAAGAAGACCACCUUCAAACCCUCCCCAAGCUCCCUCACAAAGACCGGCGCCAAGACAAGAACCGAGGCUGCAAAACCCUCCCGUACCAAUCCAACCCACCUCUGCCCCAGAACAGAAACCUCCAAGUCCCCACAAAAAACGCCCAGACCCGACAACUGUUGUCAGAGACAUGCAACCCCCUACAAUUUUGUCCCCCUUUUCAUCCCCACCAAAUAAGGUGGUUGAACCUCAUAAACAAAGAGCCCGACUACCUUCAAACUCCGAACCGGAGUUAGUGCCUUUUGUUAAAAAGAUAGAUGAGACCCCUGGUUAUGAAAAUUUGAUGCGUGACUCCCAGAGAGGAAACGCCAUUAGAGCGAGGGGCCCAGAUAGAAAACCUGAGCCUACUCGAGCCCUCAAUGGUAUAGAAACUGAUCCAACACUUGUUUCAAAUUUACUCAAAGAGAGUUUGGCAAAACCUGCUCCCAUCACUGUUCCUAUGGAGAAAAAGUCUCCUAAGGAAAUCAAAAAGGAGCCUAUAAUAGAAACUCCUGUACAAAUUGCACAGCCAAUCGUACCUCCGAUGGCACCGCCCCCACAAUUCGAACCCCCACCUAACAUGAACCCGCUACCUCAAAAUCCACCCCAAAACCAAAACCAAACAGAGGAACCCGAACACAAACACAAGAAGGAAAAAAAGAAGAAAGAUAAACACAAACAUAAAGACCGCGACAAAUCGAAAGAGGAAAGAAAGAAACACAAGAAAGAUAAGGAGAAAGAGAAAGAAAAGAAGCUGGAACAACCGGCACCACCUGUUCCUGAAAACGAUGGUACUCUAAGAAUAACAAUCCCGAGGGAUAAGUUAUCAUCCUCAAGUCCAGGAUUAAAGAUAAAGAUACCAAAAGAGAGAUUGGCAGCGCCGCCUCCUCCACCAAAUUCUGGGAUAAAGAUCAAGAUAUCGAAGGAGGUAUUAGAAACGUCGAGAAAGAGGACCGGAGCGCACGAGCCCGGGCCCCCGCAGAAGAUGUCGAGGCACGAGGCCCCGCCCAUAAAUAAGGUCGACAGUCUUGGCAACGGGCACCUGGGCAAGUGAUGACGUCAAGCGCUACGUGUGUCGGCGUUCCUGCAACAAACGGACCUCACUAGUGUAGUGUAACUACCGGUUUAUUUAUUUUUCGUUCCGUUAUGUGUACAGGGUGUAUAUCGGAAAUAUUAGCGGUUUUUUUUUUCAGAAAAACUUUGUUAGCUUUCAAAACUUGAAUUAUCAUGAUUUGAUGAAAUAGUUAUGAAUAAAUAACGAGUGUAUGCCAUGGAAAUGAAAUUUGAAUUUGUCAAUAUUCGGGCAGUCUCAAAAUAACGGUCGAAGCGAUCGGAGCAUAAUAUAGGCCGAUACAAGAAUGAUUGUGCUAUGUUUUAGAUAUUUAUUUAUGAUUAAAAUACGUCGUGCGCAAUGGAAAAUUUUAGUUACAUUGUAAAUUAUAUCAAUUUUUAGUAUAGUGUAUUCGUCGUCAUCAUAGGAGGAAGGAUUUAAAAAAAAAACUUGCUAGUGAAUUCGAUAUCACCCUGUUAUAAGUACAGUACGGGUCUAACUAUAUGUAUGCGAUUGUCCCGUACUGUAGGGUAUAUGCAAAACAAAUAUACAACAUUAUGAUAUAAUGUAAAAAUAGCGCUUAGUGACUAAAUUAAUGCGUAGUUUUACUACCCCACGACUAUCAGUGUGUAACCGAUAAUUUCGGUUAGGUACCAACGAGUAGGAUCUAUCUUGGGAAAUUAGAGUUUAUUUUCCAUUCAAAGUGUUUGGGCUUUUAAUAACAGUUUGGGUAACGAUAAAAUAACGGUACAUUUGUUUUGCAUACCAGUAUACGUUACUUGUUCAUUCACCACGGUAGAUACCGGUAUUUUUGGAAAGGUGAUACCGCUUUGGGAGUUUCUUUGUUUGCUGGUAGACAGUUAUACUUGUCUGACAAAUUGGAUUAUUAUUUGUUUGACAAAUUAGUUUGUUCAUCAAUUUACCAAAGUAAAUAUACACGUACGAUUAGUGUAAGAUUUUCUCGCUGUCGUUCCUCGUCGUCUCGUUUUCUAGCAGCUUAACAAUGUUUUGUCAAAGCGAAGUGGUACUAAUGUACCUUAUUUUAGCUCUCAAAUUUCCCCUACAUUUCUGCCGAAUGUGUAAUUUGCGGCUCUAAAUCUGCUACUAUUAGGUUCAUUUUACUUCGACGUUAUUGUGUUUCGAUACUUAAAAACGAGACGACGGUUCCGAGCGUGCUAAUUUUAUGUAUCCACUAACAUUUCGAUUACUUUUUAGUGGAAAAAAAGUAUGUUUUAAAAUAAAUAAUGAAACAAAUAUUCUUUUCACUAAAAAGUAACGAAAAUAUUGAAUGAAGAAAAAGUUGACUAUACAAUAAAGCUAUCGAAAGUCAAGCAAAUUAUUCAUUUUUAAUUAAAAAAAAUAUAUCGUUUGCCGGCGACUCCUUCAGGAUAGUUUCGUCAUUUAUUCUUUUGACAGAUAUCGCGUAAAGCACUUCGAAUGUCGUAUCUAUGAAAAUUUAAAAAAUAUAUAUUAUUUUGUAUUUCUUGCAGAAUCAUGUUACGGGCCAAUUUCAAAGAGCGGGUUCUGUGUUAACUAAUAUUUAAAUCAAACUUAAGAAAAUACACACCCAUAAAAAAUACUUGACACCAACAAUACUAACAGACAAUAGACUGUCUAACAUGCUGGAUAUAAUUUAAUUCCAUGAUAAAAGUACUAUGAAAAUUAAGUUUUAUAUUGAUAUACUCCGUAAAAAAAACAUCUGAACUAUUAUUCAAGUCAAUAAUUGUUGUCUUAACAAUAAUUCAUUGUAAAGCGCCCUAUGAUCCGGCGUCGAAGCGAAACGAAAUAACAAAUAAAUAAAUAAUUAAAUAUACUACGACAAUACACACAUCGCCAGCUAGCCCCAGAGUAA